AUGGCGGCGUUCAAGUACUUUGAUCUGGACGGCGACGGCCACAUCACGCGCGCUGAGCUGGAGCAGGUGCUGGCCUCAAAGGGUGACCUGGGGGACGCCGCUGACAUCAUCAAAGCGGUUGACCAGGACGGGGACGGCACAGUUGACUAUGCAGAGGUGAUGGGAUGA